AAGAAAAAGCCUAUCUCCAACAACAACAACAACACGUUUCCUAUGCGGAACGCGCAGUUAUGUCCUGGGUUAAAGCCGCGUCUAAAAGUGAGGACGACAUAUUUGAGGAGAACGCGGACGAACUUCGACUUUUAGGGAAAGAAUGGGAAGCCAAUAUGAAGAGAAGAAUCAGGGAUGGGUAUGUGGAUGGUGCUGAUGCUGGGGAAGAGGCUGCACUGGCGGAGGGCUUCAAUGAAGGCUUCAGGCAAGGAGCAGCUAGGACUGUAGCUGUUGGUCGACUUCGAGGGAUUGUAAGUGCAAUAGGGAGCUGGCACCAAAUCCAGCACCCAGACCAUCCCAUCCCCACCUAUGUCAAAGAGCUCCUGCAGCGUGUGUCACAGCAUGAACAAGCCAUCAUAGACCACAUCAGUAAAACGAUGGAGAACCCCCCUCCGAGUGUGGAAGAUGUGUCGCAGAGCAUGGAGCACCUGGAGGUGGCACAGCGGGCAGGCCCAGCAGGGGGUUGCCAAAACAGCGAUUGCUGCAAGAGAGUAGAACUAAUGGACACUGAGUCUCCUUUUAAGUCUGAUUCGUUGCAUUCCGCAUGUAGCGCAAGCUCGUCCGCCUGUGAAGACGAAUUCGGUGAGCUGCUGCAGCGAUGCCGGGAUCUCGUGUCAGAAAUGGAAUUGCCUCUGGAGCUGCUGGAGCACAUAGAAGAACUGAAGAACCUUUAAAUGCUAUGUACAGUGAAUAAUGGGUGACCACUCCUUAUGCAUCAGUCGAUGACGUCUCUGCAUGCAAGAGGUACCUCUGCUAGCUAUGGACUGGACUCUCACAUUAUUAAAUGUAUCCACUCUGCAUCACAUCUGGGAUCCCUUCCAAGGUUUCUUUUUGGUCCCAUUGGGUUGAGUUUUUUCUUACCCUGAUGUGGGAUAUAAGCCAAUGAUGUCGCUGUGGCUUGUGCAGCCAUUUGAGACACUUGUGAUUAAGGGCUAUAUAAAUAAACUUUGAUUGAUUGAUUAAUUGAAUAAUAGGGGUGUGACGAGAUCCCAGGUGAUUAAAACGUUACGAUAUUUCUCGUUUAGAGAAAAGCUGUCCCACAGAGACGCGAGACCAUCAUUUGAAUUCCAUGGCCAAUGCGCCAUGUCUAUGUCCAAGCAGGCUAAACUGUCAAUCGUGGAGGCCAAAAGGUGACAGAAAAUAACUCAGGACACUGGAUUGCUUCUCCCAGCAGCAGGAUGCCACUGCGAGCGGCCCAGGGAUAAAACUAUACAGCUAAAUCCUUGAUACACCUGACAGCUGCAAUAUUACAGGUGUAGAAGAUCCCACAAAUCUCCCCCAAAAUGGCUUAUUUAAUUGUAUUUUAUUUUCACUUUUAUUUUUUCAUUGUCUUUAAUUUGUGAAAACAAGGUCAACAGUUAAAAUUGUAGGUCAGAUGUGUGUAAAGUUAUAAAAGACUUCAAAGUGCACCUGCUUCGUUUUAUGACCCAGACAAUUUAAUAAAAAUGCUUCCUUGUCCAGUCAUAUA